ACGGGGUUAAACAGCGAGGUGUACGAUGUCGUUUUUCCGCCCCUGUUCUAACUUCUAACUGAAAUGGAGAAGAAGACUUGAGCAGAGAAGACAAAGCAAACUAGUUGCAGAAACAUCAAAUGGACUUUGUUAUUUCAGAACCUUUGCUAGUCUGCUAGGAAUAUGACUAUAGGAGUCUGUUGAUGAUGAUUUAAAUUUAAGAGAGCUAAAUAGUUAUUGCUGGAAAGGCUGUUAAUGCUGUCAUUGAUUAAUCCAGAGAGCGCAGUGUACUAUCCAGAUCUAAAAUACAUUCUGUAUUCAUUAGUAAAGGCAAUGAACAUCGAAACAAAAUGAAGUCUGUCUUCUGGUUUUGUUCUGGGGAUAUACCAGCACCCUACAUUUGUUUCAGCCAUGAGGCCGAUGCUUACAUUUAUUCUUCUUUUAUCGUAUUACUGUCUCAGUGUCUCCUCUAUUUUCUCUUCACAUUGCUGUUGACCAUCGUUUUAUGAUCUCUGGUUGUCAUUUGCACACCCAGUUUGCGCUCUCUGUAUCAACCUCUCUGGAAGGGCCACUCGAGGCAUAUUAGGCGCACUUUACCAUAUCUUUGCCUAAUAUUGAAAUUUUAGCAGAUGGCAGAGCUGGCUGCUCGGAAACAUGUUCAAUUCAUUCUAUCAGAAGCAAAGGUACAUGGAGGAUUGUCCGAAGAGGAAAAGAUGAAACUCUGUUGUUUAUUGAACUAUGAGAAGCUCUCGGAAGAAGCUUGCAUACACCUUUCUCAGAAUGCAAAAUUCCCAUCAAAAUCAGCAGUCCAAGCUCUCAUUUCUCAGCAAGUCAAGCUUAAGAGCUUAUUUCAUGCCACUAACAAUCCCAAGUCCUAUGGUGACUCCCCUUUUAGUGUCACUGAGGUAGAUAAUGAGGGAAGGAAUGGUCAUGAUUCCAAUGAACAACGCGUUCUUUAUGCUGGAAAACUUGAUCUCUCGGCUGACAACGAGAAACUGAGAGAACAUUUACAUGGUAUGCAGCGGAGGGUCAUGGAGUUGGAAAAAAUGUGCAAGAAAAUGCAAACCCAAAUGGCAAAGUUCACAAAAUCAAGAGUGUUAUCAAGCCACAGUCAUGCAAGAUCUUUCCCCAAACUCUUUGUUCAUGAUAGUUUUGCAUUUCAUUUUAUUUUUUUAUGAAGUACUAUAUCUCAUAUAUGUAUAGCAAAAAGGAAUGGGUGGGGGUUUAUGACUUUUUGUGUUUGUAACAGUUUUUUCUUCCUUUUCUGUAUAACUCUUGGUUGUAUACAGUUACAGAAAGAGAACUGCUGUUGAAUCA